UGGCAGCCGCACGGGGCAGUGGGAGCGCAGCUGGGGCGGCAGGUGCGCGCGGCAGUUACUGAGCGGAGGGGGCGCGGGCCCGCCCUUCCACCUUUCCAGCCCGGCCGGGGUCGCCAUGCGGCUGCUCGGGCAUCUCCUGGCCGCCGCCGCGCUGCAGCUCGUGCCCGAGGGCAACGGUGCAAGCCCUUCCCCCACCUUGGCACCCCCACUCAGCAUGGUGGUGAAUGGCGAGAGGAAGACGCUGGUGAUGUGCAUGGUGGACAAUCUCCCUGAGGGCACGGCGGAUGCCAUCUGGUUUUCAAAUGAGAAUGGGAGUGCCUUGGACUCCUUCACAUAUGGGUUUUCUCAGGCAGAGGACGGCACCUUCAGCACAGUCUCUCACCUCUCGGUCCUCACCACAGAGCUGGAGUCAUGGGCUUCGGUUGCCUGCCAUGUGCAGCUGAACAAAACCACCCGAGUGUGGAGUGCCACCCUGCUGCCAGUUUCUGAAGAGAUCAUGGGAGAGACAUGUCCAGAUGAAGACGAAGGUGCUCUGCAUUUCCGGUCCUACACUCUGCUUCUCUUGGCCAUCAGAGUUUUGUUGCUAAAGUUCCUCCUGCUUGAUGUACUGGUCACCUGUAGCUUCCUCUUCAGAGGGGAGCUGCACUCUCCAGGGCCUUAUCUGGACUGCUAUGGAGCCCCUCCUGCUAGUGAUGUGCUGAUGCAGAGCCCCCAAGCAAAGAGGGAACAUGGAUCAGCCCAGCUGAAAUCUCCAAAUGGUUCACCUGCUUAGGUGUGAUUCUUCAAAGGAGAAGCAGUCUUAUUUGUCAUCAUGGAGAGCAUGGACUAAGGGCAAGCUUUAGCCCAACAGAGCUGAUAACCAGAGAAGGCCACCACCUGGCUAGCAGGAACAAUGCUCUUCACACCAUUUCCUUAUGCCUCACAGCUGAGUUGAAACAAAACCAAAAGGGACCACCAGGGCUGUGCUUGGUUUACUGCCCCCUCCUCCAGCUAGUCUGCUGUCAUUUCUUGGUGGGUACAAAGCAGGCAUUCCCUAACUGGACUCACCUGCAUCACAGAAGAUAAUGUUUACCCUGGGGAGGAAAAGAAUACCUAUAUUCAAGGCUUGCUGGCCCUAGGAGUUGAGUUGAGCCUAGGCCCUGGCCUCAGCUGUCCUUCUUGGCCAGCAGUGUUGUCUCAUUUUUUUGUUUCUUGUUUAGUUUCUAUUGACUUUGUAUCGGAUCAGUUACCCUGACUAAUUGCAGAGGAUCAUGGAGUUUAGUAUGCUCUGUUUACUUGGAGCAGUGCUGCAGGACCUAGCUCUUGUACCCUAAACACGAACAUCAGGGAACAGUCAAUGAGUUUAUCCUUGGAGCCAGGAGCCACCAGCUAGGGAAACUUUCCAGAAGGAAUCUUCUGCCUUCUGAACAACUACUGAGUCACAAGCAGGAGUACAUGCAGUCUGGUACUCUCCCACUGGAGAGUGAAGAGGUGUUUCUCUCUACAGCAAUAUCCUCCUCCUUUUAUGAGUGUGUCUGCACUGUGAUAACUGUGUCAGGUAUACGCAUGCUGUGGUAACAGAGUAAGUGCAGCAGUGUGGAACUCAGUGCAGACUAUGAAUGCCACUUAAAAAGUGUGUAAUAAUGGGUGGUUAGACCAUGCUGAGCUUGGUGCUGCUGUAACCAUGCUGCUUGCAGAACCUGUGCUAGCUAGUUUAAAGUGAGUUCAGCUGUGUGCACAAGCUGCAGACUUUACUGUAGACAUACUUGUGUUCUUGUCUACUUUUCAAGGCUUCUGCCCCCUUCAGUCCUGCUGCCAGACAGGAGCCAUGAGUGGAAAGUCACCAGUGUGGACACAUCCAUAUGGCUCUGGCUGGAACCAUAGAGUUCCACUAUAGCAGCUGUGCUGGCAUGAUGGGCAGUGCACCCUGGGGGCACCCAAUAUUAAGGGGGCUAUGGUAAAUAGUAGAAAGGGUGGAUUCAUCUACUUGUGUCUGCUCCUAGGCAGCAGCAGAAUCUUUGUGUCCCUCUCAGAACAGGCAUUACUCUGCCUGCAAGGAGAAGGGGUUCUGCUGUCAUAAGGGAAUUGUGGGUUUGGAUGUACCUGCAACUUUUGCCAGCAGAACUUGAGUUCUUCCAGCAAACUUGUGCAUUGUAAACUAUACCUAACUGUGCUUUUAACACUGGAUUGCUGCUGUCAUGGCAUCCAUCACCUGAGGGAACUGCUCCUCUUAAUUAUGGGUUCCUCCUCAGGUAUGCACUGUGUGUUUGCAAGGGUAACGAGAACACAGGAAAAAUCUUUUGAAGUUUUGUUGAUUACGGGUCACAAAAGGAUUUCCUCAGGAUGAAAAAAAGCAUCCAAUUAUUUGAUACAUCACUAUAAUAAGUCAAAACUGGAGUGUGCUCUUGUGUAUCUGGUGAAUCUUCUGUCCAUGAAUGUGCUUCAGUGA